AUGAUGGAUGAAUCGCCACUCCCAACGCUUGCCCCAGGGCUGGUUGACCCUGAACUAAUGGCCGGUGAUGCAGCCACCAAGCAGGCAAAUGUGGUAUUGAGUCGCCUCAAUGCCGCGCUAGCUAAUAACGAUGCCGCUGCUCUCGACAGCUGCUUCUAUGCUGACCAGGCCUUCUGGAAAGACCAGCUUGCAUUGACCUAUCAUUUGCGCACUUUCAAGGACUCGGCCGUCAUUACCGAGAGUCUCUUGGAGACCACGAAGCUCAGAAAUGUCUCGAAAGGGAUUGCCAUGGACGGCGCAGCGCUAUUCCUGCCAGCCACCCCAGUCCUUCAAUUCAUCGACUGUCCAAUUGUGUUCCGAACCGAGUCCCCUGGCGCUAUCUGCCGCGGCAAGAUUCUCUUUUUGCCGGUCAAGAACGAGCACAAUGGAAACGAGGCACUUGAGUGGAAGAUCUGGAUCCUGAGCACUAGGCUGGAGGACCUGGAUAUUCAGACCGAGGAAAAGAGCCUACUUCAGGCUGCUCCGAGACAAUUUGAUGGUCUGAACCUGGAGACUGAUGUCUUCAUCAUCGGAGGCGGAAAUGCCGCUGCUGCUCUCUCGGCUCGACUGAAGGCCUUGGGGGUGGAUUGUGUCAUGGCCGAGCGAAACCCCAAGCCGGGCGACAACUGGGCGCUUCGCUACGACUGCAUGCGAUUCCAUAUCCCGACUUCUUUCUGUGACCUGCCGUAUAUGUGCUACGACAAGGAGCUUCAGACACCUUAUCUUCUUUCUCGAAAAGAUCUGGCGUCACAGGUCUCACGAUAUAUCGAGACCUUCAACCUCAACAUCAUAAACUCGGCGAAGAUCCAAUCCACGCACUAUGACCCGUCCACUGAGCGCUGGCAGAUCAAGUUCCAGACGCCUACUGGCGAGCGUUCGGCGGUCUCCAAGCAUCUUGUCCUGGCGACUGGUAUCGGGUCGCAAAAGCCCAACAUGCCACAGAUCGCAGACAGGCAUCUCUACCAGGGAAUCAGUGUGCACUCCACACAGUACCAGAAUGCGAAAGUGCUGGCUGAGAAGGGAACCAAGUCUGUCCUCGUGAUAGGAUCCGCCAACACUGCAUUCGAUGUGCUCGAGGAUUGUUACUCUGCCGGUCUCAAGUCGACAAUGAAUGUCCGCUCUCCGACGUACAUCAUCCCUGUUGACUAUGUCUGCCACAAGAUGAGUCUCGGUGCAUACGACUUUGGCGUCGAGGCUGCUGACAAGCUCUUCUUGUCCCUUCCCUCAACCGUAGAUGGCCAGUUGGCUCGUGGGCUGUUCGCGGUGUUCGCCUCCCAGGAGCCGAAGCGAUAUGCCGCCCUUGAGGCAGCCGGCUUCCCCGUUCUUGACAGUAGCCACCCCACCUCAGCCCUGAUGCACAACUUGAUUGAGAAGGCGGGCGGUCACUACGUCGAUGUGGGCGGUACCAAAUUGAUCGAGGAAGGUAAGGUCGGGAUCAAGGCGGGUGUCGAACCUGUCGCGUACACUGCGACUGGUCUCCGAUUCUCAGAUGGAAGCACCGUUGACGCGGAUGCCAUUGUGUGGUGCACUGGCUUCUCUGAUGGGAAUUUGAGCAGCACUGCGGCCGAGAUUCUCGGUGGUGGGCCCGAGCUGGAUGGGACUGUGAACGGCGAUGGCAAGCACCUUCUCGGUCCGCAGGAAAUCGCAAAGCGCGUUGACUCGACCUGGGGCGUUGAUUCCGAGGGCGAGAUUCGCGGUAUGUGGAAGCGUCACUCGCGUCUUGACAACUUCUGGGUGAUGGGUGGAUAUACUCAACAGCACCGCUGGCACUCACGCACCCUAGCGCUGCAAAUUAAGGCUGCACUCGCGGGAAUUUUGCCGCCUGCCUAUCGCGAUACUCCUUUAACCAGGGUCAAAUAG